GCGCUGAUGAGUCGCCCCGCCUUAUUUCCGGUCACGCGAGACCUACCGGGAACAGGAACAUGGCGCAAGUUUAUCUCCCGAAGUAAGCCGAAGAAUUAAAAAACAACAACAAAGAAGGAGUCUUCGGGCUUCAGGUUUGAGCUACAAAUCUAUUAAGGUCUCAGGCCCACUAUUGUUCCAUGGCCAACCUUCCCAAACCCGGCCCUGGAAAUGGCCACCCCAUGAAGGCUCAACUGCAGAUCACUGUGAUAUCAGCCAAGCUGAAGGAGAGCAAGAAGAACUGGUUGAGCUCCAGCGUGUACGUGGAGGUGGCUGCAGACGGCCAGUCCAAGAAGACGGAGAAGUGCAGCAACACGCAGAGCCCCAAGUGGAAGCAUCCUCUCUCUGUGACCGUGUCACCCACCAGCGAGCUGAAUUUCUAUGUGUGGAGCCACCAGAAGCUGAAGUCCGACCUGCUCUUGGGCACGGCCACGCUCGACAUUAGCGAGACGCUCAAGAGCAACGACAUGAAGCUGUGUGAUGUGACACAGACGUUGACGGUGUGCGCAGACAAGGAACAGACUGACAUUGGAGAGCUGUUUGUGUGUCUGAACGGCAUGCAGGUCGACCCAUCAGUGUUCGCCUCCACUGAGGCUGAUAACAACACCACAACAAACGAAGAGUCACAGGAUAAAGAGGACUUCAGCAUAAGGAGGAGCAGAGAGGGUUCUCCAAGCGUGAUGGACAUUCCUAACGGACGUGCUGUCAAUGGAACCGGUUCUCCCUCCUUAUCAAAACGGGUUUCACAACCGCAGAGGCCACCCAGACCCUCUCGGCCACCGCCGCCCACCCCCCAUCGACCGCUGUCUUCUCCAGCAUGCCCUUCCAUCUCUUCAGUCACAGACAGCAGCAGCUCGACUCAGCCAGAGACGCCGGUGCAGAUCCCUAACACCACCCCUGACCCUGCCCCUGUUGUCUCUAUUCCCCCUAUGCCCAACCGGAUUCCCAUCACCAACACCGGGCCUCUGCCACAAGGGUGGGAGCAGCGUUUGGACCAGAGUGGCCGUGUGUACUACGUGGACCACGUGGAGAAGAGGACGUCAUGGGAGAGACCUGAGCCUCUGCCUCCUGGCUGGGAGCGGCGCAUGGACCAGUCGGGACGUGUGUACUUUGUGGAUCACGUGAACCGGACCACGACAUGGCAGCGUCCCACUGUGGAGACGGUGCGUAACUACGAGCAGUGGCAGCACCAGCAGAGCCAGUUAGUGGGGGCCAUGGAACACUUCAACCAGCGCUUCAUCUACAGCGGUCAGGAUCAAACUGCAGCCGGUCAGAAUAAAGAGUACGACCCACUCGGCCCACUGCCACAAGGAUGGGAGAAGAGAACGGACGCUAACGGCCGAGUAUAUUUCGUGCACCACCUGACUCGCACAACACAGUGGGAGGAUCCUCGCACUCAGGGGCUGCUGAAUGAGAAGCCGCUGCCCGAGGGCUGGGAGAUGAGGUUCACUGUGGAAGGAGUUCCAUACUUUGUGGAUCACAACAGAAGAACCACCACCUACACUGACCCACGAACAGGAAAAUCAUCACAUAUAAACGGUCCUCAGAUCAGAUAUGUGCGUGACUUCAAAGCCAAAGUCCAGUACUUUAGAUUCUGGUGUCAGCAAUUAGCGCUGCCACAACACACCAAGAUCACAGUAACCCGUAAAUCUCUGUUCGAAGACUCCUUCCAGCAGAUAAUGAGCAUUAAUCCUCCAGACCUUCGCCGAAGACUGUGGAUCAUCUUCCCUGGGGAGGAAGGACUCGACUAUGGUGGUGUAGCAAGGGAGUGGUUCUUCUUGGUGUCCCACGAGGUGCUGAAUCCCAUGUACUGCCUGUUCGAAUACGCUGGCAAAGAUAACUACUGCCUGCAGAUCAACCCAGCUUCAUCCAUCAACCCAGACCACCUCAAAUACUUCCGCUUCAUCGGACGCUUCAUCGCCAUGGCUUUGUUUCACGGGAAGUUCAUUGACACAGGCUUCUCAUUGCCUUUCUACAAACGCAUUCUUAACAAACCGCUGAACCUGAACGACCUCGAGUCCAUCGACCCAGAGUUCUACAACUCGCUCAUCUGGAUCAAGGAAAACAACAUAGAGGAGUGUGGGCUGGAGAUGUUCUUUUCAGUGGAUAAGGAGAUUCUCGGGGAGAUCACAACACACGAUCUGAAACCGGAUGGAGGCAACAUUCAGGUCACAGAGGAAAACAAGGAGGAGUAUAUCAGGCUGGUAGCUGAGUGGAGGUUGUCCCGAGGCGUCGAAGAACAGACACAAGCUUUCCUCGAGGGCUUUAACGAGGUCCUGCCUCAGCAAUACUUGCAAUAUUUUGAUGCCAAAGAGCUAGAGGUGGUGUUGUGUGGGAUGCAGGAAAUCGAUCUGGCAGACUGGCAGAGAAACACUAUCUAUAAACACUACACACGCACCAGCAAGCAGAUUGUGUGGUUCUGGCAGUUGGUUAAGGAGAUGGACAAUGAGAAGCGAAUGCGUCUGCUGCAGUUCGUCACCGGUACCUGCCGCCUGCCCUUGGGCGGGUUUAAUGACCUCAUGGGGAGUAACGGCCCACAGAAGUUCUGCAUUGAGAAAACAGGGAAGGAGAACUGGCUGCCCCGGAGUCACACAUGCUUCAACCGCCUGGAUCUGCCCCCGUAUAAAAGCUACGAGCAGCUAAAAGAGAAAUUGUUGUUUGCCAUAGAGGAGACAGAGGGCUUUGGGCAGGAGUGAUGCGCGCACACACACACACACACACACACACACACACACACACACGCACGCACGCAC